GGCCAGAGAGACCUAUAAGGACCAUAGGACCCGCCUUUCUACUCCCAAGGCACAAGGACGCGCUGUGUGAAUUGGGAAGGCACCUUGGGGCUGACCAGCGGCUGCUCUGAGUGGGAGGUGAGCGGUGCUAGCCUGAGCCUCCUUGUGAUUGAGAAGCGCCAUGGCGAGCAUCGUAUGGGCCUCCCUGGCUGCUCUCCUGCUGCUGCCUCUGGUGGCCGCCAUGCACUCCGACUGCAUGUUCAAGCAGGAGCAGGCCCUGUGCCUGGAGAAGAUCCGGAAGGCCAACGAGCUGAUGGGCUUGAACGCCUCCUCCCAUGGCUGCCCUGGGAUGUGGGACAACAUCACGUGCUGGAAGCCCGCCCGCGUGGGUGAGAUAGUCCUGGUCAGCUGCCCCAAGUUCUUCCAGAUCUUCGAUCCAGACCAAGUCUGGGAGACAGAAACCAUCGGAGAGCUUGGUUUUGAAGACAUUAAGUCCUUGGACCUCUCAGGCAUGAGGGUGGUGAGCCGGAACUGCACGAAGGACGGCUGGUCUGAGACCUUCCCUCACUAUUUAGAUGCUUGUGGGUUUGAUGAAUAUAAUGAAUCUGAGUCUGGGGACCAGAAUUACUACUACAUGUCGGUGAAGGCCCUGUACACAGUUGGCUACAGCACGUCCCUCGUCUCCCUCACCACGGCCAUGGUCAUCUUGUGUCGCUUCCGGAAGCUGCAUUGCACCCGCAACUUCAUCCACAUGAACCUGUUUGCGUCCUUCAUGCUGAGGGCCAUCUCUGUCUUCAUCAAGGACUGGAUCCUGUAUGAGGAGCAGGACAACAACCACUGCUUCAUCUCCACCGUGGAGUGCAAGGCCAUAAUGGUUUUCUUCCACUACUGCGUCGUGUCCAACUACUUCUGGCUGUUCAUCGAGGGCCUGUACCUCUUCACCCUGCUGGUGGAGACCUUCUUCCCCGAGAGGAGAUACUUCUACUGGUACACCAUGGUUGGCUGGGGGUCCCCAACCAUCUGUGUGUCCAUAUGGGCUGCGCUGAGGCUCUACUUUGACAACACAGGCUGCUGGGAUAUGAAUGACAGCACUCCUCUGUGGUGGGUGAUCAAAGGCCCCGUGGUUGGUUCCAUAAUGGUGAACUUCGGGCUCUUCGUGGGCAUCAUCUUCAUCCUCGUGCAGAAACUUCAGUCUCCGGACAUGGGAGGCAACGAGUCCAGCAUCUACUUAACAAAUAUAAGCCUGGGAGUCCCCAAGAAAGCCCGAGAGGACCCCCUGCCUGUGCCCUCAGACCAGCAUUCACCCCCUUUCCUCUGCGUGCAGAAAUGCUACUGCAGGCCAGAGCGGGCUCAGCAGCACUCUUGCAAGAUGUCAGAACUGUCCACCAUUACUCUGCGGCUGGCGCGGUCCACCCUGCUGCUUAUCCCGCUGUUUGGGAUCCACUACACGAUCUUCGCCUUCUCCCCCGAGUAUGUCAGCAAGAGGGAGAGGCUGGUGUUCGAGCUGGGCCUGGGCUCCUUCCAGGGCUUCGUGGUGGCUGUUCUCUACUGCUUUCUGAACGGGGAGGUGCAGGCGGAGAUCAAGCGUAAGUGGCGGAGCUGGAAGGUGAACCGCUACUUCGCCGUGGACUUCAAGCACCGGCACCCAUCCCUGGCCAGCAGUGGGGUGAAUGGGGGCACCCAGCUCUCCAUCCUGAGCAAGAGCAGCUCCCAGAUCCGCAUGUCCGGCCUCCCGGCCGACAACCUGGCCACUUGAGCCCCCUCCGCCCUCCUCUCCUCCACGCCAGGCUGGGCUGCCAGCGGGCGCCGGCCACGCAUGUUGCCUCUUUUCUCCCUUUGGGCAGGCCCUGGGCCAGAAGCCAGGCUCUCUGAGGGGGGAGGAGGAUGCAGGUGCAGAGGGUAUUUCGCCCCCCUUCCAAUUUGGCGCUGGCCCCACCCACCAUGGACCCCUGGGCCCCGACCCCAGACGUGUAAAUACUCAUCAGAUGUGGGAAAGUUGUA